AUGAGCGGCAAUUUGAGCAGCAAACCAUGGUUGCCCUCAACCUCGCCUCCCACAAUCACUUUUUACAAUGCCAACUUGGUCGAUACGGAAUCCGGCGAGGUAAUACCGAACUCUGUCGUGAAAAUUAAAAAUGGAUCCAUAAUCAAGGUGACGUCCAGAAGGUCUGAAGAGCUCCUGUUUGAUUCCGAGUCAAAUGCAGUGGACUUGAAAGGCCAAUAUAUCUGCCCUGUCCAAAUAACUAUCGCCUAUCGCACAGCAUUUGUUGCCCGAGAGAUGCUCUUGCGCGGCUUCACGACAGCCCGUGAUACUGGCGGAGCCGAUGCUGCCCUUCGCGAUGCCAUCUCCGAAGGUCUACUGGUUGGUCCACGGCUCUUCAUCGCCGGCAAAGCUCUCUCUCAAACCGGUGGUCACGGCGAUUUCCGAGCCAGCUACCAAGGUGACGAGUACAAGUGUUGCGGGGGUUAUUCUCCUUCCUUCGCACGCGUAUGUAACGGAGUUCCAGAAUGUCUAAAUGCUGCUCGCGAUGAGCUACGACAGGGCGCGGAUUUCAUUAAGAUCAUGUGUGGAGGCGGUGUCGCAACGCCAACAGAUGCUCUAGACAUGCUUCAAUUCACUGCCCAAGAGAUUCAAGCAAUAACUACGACGGCCAGUAACUCCAAGACGUAUGUCACAGCCCACGCAUAUUCAGUCGAGGCAAUCCGACAUGCGGUCGACAAUGGAGUGCGCGGAAUCGAGCAUGGCAACUUCAUAGACGAGGAGACCGCGGCUUAUUGCAAGGAAAAGGGCGUCGUCUUUACUCCCACGCUCGUCACCUACAAAGGCAUGACACAGCCCCCCUUCGACCAGUUCCUUGACAAGUUCAGCCGAGAGAAGAACCGCCAGGUGCUAGCAAGUGGUCUCGGGGCAUUGUCGAUCUUGCAGAAAACUGGAGCCACGAUCUGCUACGGCUCCGAUCUGUUGGCGGGGCUUCAUUCUCUUCAAAAUGAGGAAUUCUCGAUUCGAUCUUCUGUUCUCAGCUCCAAAGAAAUUCUUCAAUCCGCCACGAUCAAUGCUGCAAAGCUUCUGGGUAUGCAAAAUCGGUUGGGAUGCAUCAAGGAGGGAGCAAUUGCAGAUAUUCUCAUUUUGAAUAAUAAUCCACUCCAGGAUAUUACGCUGCUUGAUCGUAUCGAUAAGACUCUGUUCGCUAUUUUGAAGGAUGGUCGUGUGGUUUUCAAACGGUCUGACUGGUUAUCUGUGGAUCCGCUCUACGAUCCAUGUCGCAUUCAGCCAAAAUGA